CCUGUCCCUGUCCCUGCUUCCUCCAGGCUGUGCCGUCACCUCCUGUGCCACCAUGUCCUGUGUCACCAUCUCCUGUGCCACCACGUCCUGUGCCACCAUCUCCUGUGUAACCAUGUCUUGUGCCACCAUUUCCUGUGUCACAACAAGGGAGACUCUGCUGUCCCUCCCAGGCUGGCAAAUGUCAGCAGGAGGGGCUGGGGCUGCAGGGGAACAGCCUGGCCAUCCAUGCCCCUGCUCCCAGGGAUGUUCAUUCAGGGCUGGGUGACUCUUUCCCUGCUAUAAAUAGGAAUCCCGAGGAUCCCCUUUUAAGCAGGGAGGGACAGGGAGGCAGAGUCAGCUCUAAAUGAGCCGUGCAAGUGGUGUCACUGAGGAAUGGCCUCCUUGUUGUGAGUCACAAACCUUCUCUCCGUGGCUGUGCUUUCCCUUUGCCCUGCCCUCUGCAGCUCCCCUUUGCCUAGCUGCUGUGCCAAAGGGAUUUUUUGUCUGUGGAGCUGUUGGUGCAUCUCUGAACCCAGCUCAUGAGAGGCUUGGCUCUCUAAAGGAGGCCACGAGCCCCUCUCACGUCAAGGCAGAGCCUCAGAGCAGGAUUUGGGCUGUGCUGAGGCCUCAGAGCAGGAUUUGGGUUGUGCUGAGGCCUCAGAGCAGGAUUUGGGCUGUGCUGAGGCCUCAGAGCAGGAUUUGGGUUGUGAUGAGGUCUCAGAGCAGGAUUUGGGUUGUGCUGAGGCCUCAGAGCAGGAUUUGGGUUGUGCUGAGGCCUCAGCACCGGGCCAGGCUGACACAGCUUUACCUCAGCAUCGCUCUCUCGCACAAGGCUGGCCACGGUGCUGACACUUCUCCUCCCAAAAACCACCACCAGCAACCAUUUCUGAUUCUCAUGAGGCAGAGCUGGAGAGGGCUGGGACAGAGGCGUGCCAGCCGGAUCCCAGCCUUUCCCAGGCAGCCCCACCUGAAGCGAGAGGGACAGCAGGACACCAGCACAGGCCAGGAGGUCGGACACCUCUCCAAAGGAACACCUCCACGAGCUUUUCCAGGAGGAAACCCUGGGGAGGGCAGGAGCGUCCCACACCGUGCUGCUGCCACCCCGAUCCUGCAGGACCUCAUCACCUUCCAUCCCGAACUCCAAAGCCCCAGGGCUGGGGAGGCUGCAGCUCCCUCCCAGCCCCAGGGGAAGCUGGCACUGCUGAGCACCAACAGAGGAUUAAACCCUCCCAGCUGCUGGAAGCCAGGGCAGCACAGGAGCCAUCCACUGUUGCCAGUCCAAACAGAGAAGCAGGUGGGUUUUCAAUCCCCUGCAGAUCCUGAUGGGAGUGGGGAAAACCCAUCUCACACCCUCCUGCCCACUGCCAGGGCUCAAAGCACUGAGAAAUGAAGGAAAUUUUUGUCCACAUUAUGUUUCCUCCCUGCUCCUUGAGGUGUUGGAUUUCUUUAAUGAGGCCUGAUGGCUUCACUGGGAGAAUGUUGGGAAAUAAGUUUAAGCAAGGACACUUGACUACAGCAUAAAUACCAUAAAUCCUCUUUAUUUAAAACACGUCAGUCAAUAGGACCUGCAAUAAAUACUCUGAGUUUUGAACAUA